UGAACAUUGAUCAAUGGCCAACUCUGUUCACAGAAAAGUUCAAAUCAUUUAUUUGUGUGCUUAAAAUUAGUUUGAGAUUGCAGAGAUUGACGUGAAUAGUCAAUUUGGCAAGAUGAAGAAGAUUCUUCACCUGAGCCAACAAGACAUUGAAGAGGAAUACAAAACGAAAAUCAUCAAAGUGGAAGUAGCAGACUUUCAGUGUUUUCUCUUACCAUUAUCUUCACCAUGCCUCAGCCGAAAUGGUACCACAAAUCUCUAUCAGAAUUGUGUAUGGACAGUAUCGUCGAUAACAUGGAGAAAUGGACGGCAUCGCGUAGUUUGGUGCACGUUUCCACCCCCUUUUAUCUUCUUCCUUCACAUUGUCUGGAGUACAUUAUUCAAUGUAUCAAUGAAGACGGAAGGCUAAAAGAAGAGAUGUUUGAUUUACUCCUCAAUCCUCAUUCGAAAGUUCUUGAUUUAUCGGAAAAUGCAUUUGUCUUUACUGAAAAAGGUGUCAAAAGACAUCUCCGGAUCGUGAGUUUAGCAUCGGUCAGAUGUUCGCAACUUACUACACUAAAGUUUUGUAGUAAUGAAUUGCCAUCCCCAACUCAAGUAGAAGAAACUUUUACUCCCAUGUUGCAGCUGUUUGAACACCUGCAAAUCCUUGAUUUAUCUACCUCGAUUUAUGGUGCAAUUUGCAUGCUCAAUCUUGGAUCAACUUGUAAACCAAAAAUAAGGGAGUUGCUAGUUGAUUUCUGCCCUCGUGUGACCGAUUUAGUAAUGCAAGUUUUCUGCAAAGGUCAAAGUUCCCUUCACAAAUUAUCAGUUCUUGGCACAAAAGUGACUCAUGCCGGAAUUAGAUUUGCUAUCGAACAUUUACCAGAGCUGAAAGAGUUAGGUUCUACGACUGAUAUCCCUCAAGUUUUAUUUAGAAUCAGAGAAUCCAAAAAAUAUUCAUUGACCAAGUUGUCUAUGGGGACCAUAGAACCCGACCUGAUUCCAUACGUCCCCUACAAAAAAGGCAAUGUUUCGUUGAUGGUUGACAUGUGCCCGUCACUCGUCGAUCUUUUCAUUGAUGUAAAAGGCGGCGAAGGAUUUACGAAUGAGGAGUUAUUAGAUUUUCGAGAACUUAAACUAAUAAAAAAUAUCGAAAUUGGGAAAACCUUUAUGCCGUCAUUCUCUAUUCAUGGUGGUUUAAUUCCUCUUCUACAAGUUCAUGGCCCUACACUUGAAAAGUUAUAUUUACCGUUGAUGGAAGUAACGAAUGAAGAGGUCGAUCUCAUCAUCGAGUGCUGCCCGAAUAUUCGCCGUUUGCUACUUGCUAUAGAAAGUCGUAGAAAUCUGGAAACUCCCGAACCGGUGGUAGAUGGCGUCUACUCUUCUCUUCGUUACUCAAAGGAAGUAAUUCCGUUAAGGAUGUUGGAAGAAAUCAUUCUGUCCUCUGCCGAUUAUUCUUCGCCAUUCGCUAUUUCACGCAAAUUAUUGCUGUUGCUUUUGUUUUCCCCUUCUCUUACAUUGAUUUCCAUAUGUGAUUGUAUCACUCUUGAUGACCAGAUCAUUGAGGAAGCUUGCACUAGAAACAGUUUCAAGUAUUUGACCAAUUUAAGUUUGUACGGUUGUUCUAAUGUGAGCCAGAAAGGCAUCGAUUUUUUCAUGAACGAAACGAAUCCUUUGGCCGAAAUUACUUUGGUAGACUGUGGAAAUGUGAACCUUGAGCAUAUGAAAACCAUGGCUCAAGAGAAGCAUUGGAAUCAGGUAUACAUUGAUGUGUGAUCGGAUUAAGACAAAUGCGAUCCAACAUUCCUUAAGCUUCGAAUCCUGUUCGAACAUUUUCUUAUGUUCAUAUGCUUUCAAAAAUUUGUCCACAUAAAAGAGAAAAGAAAAUUUUUUUCAUCCAAAUUCUGUUUUUCUGUGAUAAUCAAGAAAUAUCUAAAAACAUUCAAUAACAUCUAUGUUUUAAUUUAACAAUUAACUUUAUUCAACAAAUUCUAGGGUUUAAUUUUAGAGGUUUAAAUUCAGGGCUGGCUCUACGGCUACACUACAUUCUGAUAAGCUAAACAAAUCUUAUCUUAUUUUUUUGUUGUAUAUUAAUUUAGGAUAUGAUUUCCUUAACUUGUUCUAAGUUCGCUUAAUUGUCCGUUGUAAUUUGGUCAAAUCAAAUUUCUCUUCCUUCAA